AUGACAUUCCGAGAAGACUGUUGUCAGGUCGGUGACCUAAAUAUCGACCUCGAAAAUGUGCUCAGUGAGAUCGAAGAUCAAACUCACGCGGCUUUAACUCUUGGCAAAAAUGAUGAGAUGGAUAUUGAGGAUACCCAAAUCCUAAAGGAUUUUGAACUCUCUCAACCCAAACUACCUCCCCACGGUGAAACAAUGAAACCGUGGCCGAAAGACAAAAUUGGCGGAGGAAGAAAGCGAAAGAUGGGGAAUCCACUCAGGCCUUCUCAAUCGCAGUAUCACGUGGAAGGUUCGAGCCACCAAAAGCAAGAGAAUGUGAGAGGAGGGGAGGAAAUGGGAGGAGAGAAUGUGGGGAGAGGGGAGGAUGUGGGAGAAGAGAAUGUGCGAGGAGGGGAGGAUGUUGGUUCUUCGAGAGGAUCUCACACCCGAUACGAAGAAGAGCCACUUCUCACCAUUACAUUAGGAGAAGACUCGCAAGUUCUAAACUUGAUCCCACUUGAGACAAUUAGGCCAGAACCAGAGGAACCAAUUAUUCGCAAAUCCGACAGGUCGCGCAACGUGCCGAAGAAUUAUACCCCGCCAACUAUUCCUAAGAGAGGGAAAAAAUGA